GGCGGAGCUUCCGGGAGAGCGCGUUUGGGGCCUCCCCGGCUCCCGUAGGAGAGCUCCGGCCGUGGCGGCGCCACGUCCCCUGCGGCGGCGGGAGAAAGAUCAGUUGGGCCUCGGGGCGGCUCCGGGAGGCCAUGGCCUUUACGUUGUAUUCGCUACUGCAGGCGGCCCUGCUCUGCGUCAAUGCUAUCGCGGUGCUGCACGAGGAGCGCUUCCUUAAGAACAUUGGCUGGGGAGCAGACCAGGGAAUUGGUGGAUUCGGAGAAGAGCCAGGAAUUAAAUCUCAGCUAAUGAACCUUAUUCGAUCUGUAAGAACUGUGAUGAGAGUGCCAUUGAUAAUCAUAAAUUCAGUUGCCAUUGUAUUACUUUUAUUAUUUGGGUGAAGAACAGUGGGGGAAAUGGAGACUCAGAAGAAGAGAUGCCAGCAGAAGUUAUUACUUCGGUCAUUAUGGGAUAUACAUGUUAUAGCUGGUCAUCCUUGCACGUGACAAAAAUGUAAAUCUGACAAUAAAACCAGAGUCCCUAUUUAUCCGAUUUUUAAAAAAAUGUUGCACUUACAGUUUCAUUACAAAAAGAUUAGGUCAUCAGAGGCAGUAACUAUCCAGAACUGGAAUACAUUUGAUUGCUAAUUGGUAAUAAAAGUUCAUCUUAUGGUAAAGAUUGUUCAGAGGGUA